AUGUCUGUGAAACGCAUUUCAAUUCUGCUGCUGCUACAGCUGAGUUGUUACUUCGGCUCUGGGAGUUGUGGGAAGGUGCUGGUGUGGCCUGUGGAGUACAGUCACUGGAUGAAUAUGAAGAUAAUCCUGGAUGCCCUUGUCCAGCGAGGCCAUGAAGUCACUGUUCUGAGAUCUUCAGCUUCUAUUGUAAUUAAUGCCAACAAUGAGUCUGGAAUUAAAUUUGAAACUUUUCCUACAUCUCCCACUAAAGAUGAAAUGGAAACUUUUGCCAUGUAUUGGAUCAAUCAGUUGUUAUAUAAGGUGUCAUUAGAUAGAUAUUGGGAGCAUUUUCCAGUAAUGGAAAACUUCAUUUUAAAAUUAUCUGAUAUUGAUGAAAAUAUCUGCAAAGAUGUAGUUUUGAACAAGAAACUCAUGGCAAAACUGCAGGAAUCAAGGUUUGAUGUUGUUCUUGCAGAUCCUGUUAGUCCUGGUGGUGAGCUGCUGGCUGAGCUACUUAAAAUACCCCUCGUGUACAGUCUUCGUGGCUUUCCUGGCUACAUAUUGCAAAAGCAUGGUGGAGGACUCUUACUGCCUCCUUCCUAUGUACCUGUUAUGAUGUCUGGUCUAAGCAGUCAAAUGACAUUCAUGGAGAGGGUGCAAAAUCUGCUAUGCAUGCUUUACUUUGACUUUUGGUUUCCAAAAUUUAAUGAGAAGCGGUGGGAUCAAUUUUACAGUGAAGUACUAGGAAGACCCAUUAAACUUUUGGAGCUAAUGGGGAAAGCUGACAUGUGGCUCAUUCGAAGCUAUUGGGAUUUGGAGUUUCCUCGCCCACUCUUACCAAACUUUGAUUUUGUUGGAGGGCUCCACUGCAAACCUGCCAAACCUCUGCCCAAGGAGAUGGAAGACUUUGUGCAGAGCUCUGGAGAAGAGGGAGUGGUGGUGUUUUCCCUAGGGUCCAUGAUCAGCAACCUGACAGAAGAAAGGGUCAAUGUGAUCGCAUCAGCCCUUGCCCAGCUUCCCCAAAAGGCUAUUUGGCGAUUCAAAGGCAAGAAACCAGGCAUGUUAGGAUCCAACACUCGACUCUACAAGUGGAUCCCCCAGAAUGACCUUCUUGGUCAUCCAAAAACCAAGGCUUUUAUAACUCACGGUGGAGCCAAUGGUGUCUUUGAGGCAAUCUACCAUGGAGUCCCUAUGGUGGGCAUUCCUUUGUUUGGAGAUCAACUUGAUAACAUUGUCUACAUGAAGGCCAAGGGAGCAGCUGUUAAAUUGGACUGGAAAACAAUGUCAAGUGCAGAUUUGCUCAAUGCCUUGAAGACAGUCAUUAAUGACCCUUCCUAUAAGGAGCAUGUCAUGACAUUAUCAAGAAUUCACCACGAUCAGCCCAUGAAGCCCCUGGAUCGAGCAGUCUUCUGGACCGAGUACGUCAUGCGCCACAAAGGAGCCAAACACCUUCGGGUUGCAGCCCACGACCUCACCUGGUUCCAGUACCACUCUCUGGAUGUGAUUGGGUUCCUUCUGGCUUGUGUGACAAUCACUACUUACCUUGUCAUGAAAUGUUGCCUUCUUGUUUAUCAAAAUGUUGUGAUAGGAAAGAAGAAAAAGGGGGAUUAG